AUGGAUCAAAGAAAAAUCAUCUGUCUGCAUGGAAGCAGUAACAUCAAUUGGAUUCGAGAACUUACAAAGAAAAUGAAAGCAAUCACUAAUGCCGGUGUUCAAGUAGAGUUGAUAUAUGUUGGAUGCAAAGACAUGGAGAUUACCAAAGAUAUUUUAUCAACCAUAAUCUCAGAAAACCUGAGUAACUAUCUUCCUCUCUUGAAGAUAUACUUCUUCUGGACACGAUUAGAGUGCAUGAAACGUUCAAAACUCUGUCUUGGAUAUGAAACUGAAGAUGAUACUUUCUUGAAUGAACUCAGCUCUUUGUUGAGCACUAGUUCAGCAGAUAAAGGCUGGUUACUUGUUGGUGCAGCAAAAUCGAAGGACAUCCUUAGAUUAACUGGAAACCAAUGCCUUGAGCUUUUAUCGCUCUUUGAUGUUUGGGGGGAGUAUGCUAAUAAAUUUGGCAUCCUCGGCGCAAUGAGACAAGCUCUUGCCCCUCCAAUUCAAGCAGGUUGCGGUAACUUUGCCAUCAUUCCACAUGUUGAGGAGAUUACUGAUGAUGCUUGUGUCUGCAAAAAUUUGCAAUGGCUUAAUGGAGAAAUAUAUUAUGUAUCACAGCCAAAAGACACAGCUGAUCAGGGAGAGCAGCAGUCGUUGUUGUCGCCGUUGAACUCCACCGCUGUCACAAAACCGGUGACUCAGCAGCCAACCAUGGAGCUCAACAGGAAAGAGAACCAGCUCUUCUUGCAGUCCAGCAACAACCCGGUCAUGAAGCAGAUGGCUCCCCAAACAAAGACUGACCUUAUCAAGACGCCCUUAAUUUCAUCAUCAGAUGACAGCAUGGCAUUGAAGCCGGUGGCGCAGCAGCAAAAGAUGCAACUGAUCAAGGGAGAACGCCAUCUUUUCUCGUCAUCUGAUGACAGUCCAAUUCUUUACAUUGUUGAAGAUAUCUUGCACCAAGCCAACCCUUCUUUAAUAUUGACACCACAAACUCAACUGGAAUAUGUCGAUGAAACUACACAUCGUGCUGAAGUUGUUUCUAUGCUUGAAGCUUUAGCAUACACUGUUCACAGGAUGUCAAGCGAGAUCAACUAUAAAUGCGCAAUUGGUGGAGAUGGGCAUGCAACAACACUGGCCGUUUUACAAUCUCUGUCAAACUACACUUGGGAUGGCAAACUAGUUGUUGCACUUGCAGCCUUCGCAUUGAGUUAUGGCGAGUUCUGGCUCACUACUCAACUCCACACUGUGAAUCCUAUGGCCAAAUCAUUGGCACAUCUUAAACAGCUGCCAAAUAUACUGGAACACACUGAUAUACUGAAGCCAAGGUUUGAUGCCAUUAAUAAUCUUAUAAAUGCAAUGCUUGAUGUCACCAAAUGCAUUGUUGAGUUCAGAGAGCUUCCACCUGAGUACAUCCCUCAUGAUGCACCGGAGAUGGCCAUGGCCUUGGCUCAUAUCCCAACUGCUGUUUAUUGGACCAUUAGAGGGGUAGUUGCUUGCAUCGCUCAGAUUGUUGGUCUCAUUGGUCUGGGCCAUGAGUACAUGACCUCCACCACAGAGGCAUGGGAGCUCUCAAGUUUAGCCCACAAAGUUAACAACAUUCACGGCCACUUAAUUAAGCAAUUGAACACAUGCCAACAACAAAUAGGUGAGAGGAAACAUAUGGAGGCUUACCAGACGCUAGUGAGACUAUUUGAAACUAUUCAUCUUGACAACAUAAAGAUCCUCAGGGCUCUCAUGUACUCAAAGGAUGAUCUGCCUAUCAUUGACGGCAUCACCAAGAAAAGAGUCAGCGUUGACGUACUGAGGAGAAAGAUAGUCAUGCUAUUCAUCUCCGAUCUUGAUAUCUCACAUGAAGAGCUCUUUGUUUUGAUUCAAAUAUACAAUGACACACACCAAGGAAGGAUGGAGAGGCACUACGAGAUAGUAUGGCUUCCUGUCGUCGACCGCCAUGUUCCUUGGCUACAGUCAAGAGAAGAGAGCUUCAAUCGCUUGGCAUCAACAAUGCCAUGGUACUCGUUGGUGCAUCCUUCAUUGUUGGACAAGGCGGUGGUGAAGUACAUCAGGGAGAUGUGGCAUUUUUGACAAGAAGCCAAUGUUGGUGGUGUUGGAUCCACAGGGAAGUUGGUGUGCCCCAAUGCACUUCACAUGAUGUGGAUUUGGGGUAGUUUAGCCUUCCCUUUCACUAGCAACAGGGAGGAGGCUCUAUGGAAGGAAGAGAUUUGGAGGCUUGAAUUAUUAGUUGAUGAGAUUGAUCCUGCCAUACUUCAAUGGGUGACUGAAGGAAGGCAUGUAUGUCUGUACGGAGGAGACAACUUAGACUGGAUAAGAAGGUUCACUACAACAAUGAGACGCGUCGCUCAAGACGCAAGGGUCCCAUUGGAGAUGGUCUACGUGGGAAGGAGUAACCCAAAAGAGAAGGUCAAGAGAGCAAUGUCAGUCAUUGCAGCUGAGAAACUGAGUGGGUAUUGGACAGACGUGGCCAUGAUAUGGUUCUUUUGGGUCCGUUUGGAGAGCAUGUGGCACUCCAAGAUGCAACAUGGUCGCACAGUUGAGGAUGAUCCAAUAAUGCAAGAAGUGAUGCAGAUUCUGAGCUUCGACGGCAGUGAAGAAGGCUGGGCGGUCAUCAGCCGGGGCUCAGUCGAGGUCUUAAAGUCACAGGGAAAGAAGCUGCUGGAUUGUCUGAUGGAGUAUGAUACUUGGAAAGGCACUGUGGAGCUGGAGGGGUUCAUUCCGGCGCUGGGGAAAGCACUGCUGCCUUAUCAGACUCAUGAGCACUGCACCAGGCUUAUACUUCCCGGUGAGACUGGCAAGUUUGGAGAGAAGAUUGUGUGCGCUGAAUGUAAGAAACCCAUGGAGAAGUAUGUGCUUUAUCGCUGCUGCACUGACUGAAUGGUACGCUAAUGGUGGUGUUCUUGUGUGCUGCUUCUGCUCCUUGUGUUGCUUUGAUUUCCUGUUUUUCUUUUUUGUUUUAAAAGGUGAUGCUUUCUCUGAUAAUAAGCUACUUCAUUAUUGUGUUUGUUUGAAGAAAUAAAUAAAUCAUAUUUUGUUGAAA